CAACUAUGAUAUGCACGCCCACGUCCGAAUCAACUUUUCCGUCCUGUCAUCGAACUUUGCGCGAACUCGACGUCCAUGACAUUCUCAGGUGCACUGACGUUGACUGAUCUCAAUGAUUUCAUCACACCCUCUCAAGCGUGUAUCAAGCCUGUCGAGGUGCUGAGCCCUCCGGAGGAUAAGAAACAGUCGGGUUCCGCUUUCACGGAGAUUAAGAUCGACUCUGCCGGGUCGUACUACGAAGUGUCUUCCUUGAAUCAGGAUGCCUCGUCACCCAAGGGUGCGGAGCGCAAACUUCAACAGGCACAAAUUAGUCUCAACGAUUGUCUUGCAUGCAGUGGUUGCAUUACUUCGGCCGAAUCCGUCCUGAUCACACUCCAGUCGCAUAUCGAGGUAUUGAAUGUGCUAAGUACCAACCCGCCUCCGUCGUCACCCGAUUACAGGUUCCCGGUGAUCUCUAUUGCCCCACAGAGCCUCGCCUCGCUCGCAGCUACCGUCUCCUCAACGUCUCGCUUCCCCGUAUCACUCUUGCAGAUCUUGCGACGCGUGCAAGUGUUUUGUACAGGAGUGUUGGGUUUCGAGCGAGUGUAUGAUACUAGCUUUGCUCGUCACAUUGCGUUGCUCGAGCAUACGCAAGAAUUCUGGGAGCGGAAACGCGACGAAGGCGAAGCAAGGUUGCCGAUGUUAGCAAGUGCGUGCCCAGGGUGGGUGUGUUAUGCUGAGAAGACCCAUGCGGAGAUGCUCCCAUUUAUCGCAAGAGGGAAGAGCCCACAACAGGUCAUGGGUACCCUUAUAAAGACGUGGUUGGGUGGCAUAUGGGGGAAACGACCUGAUCAGAUAUACCACGUUGCCGUGAUGCCAUGCUACGACAAAAAACUAGAAGCCUCACGGCAGGAUUUUUACGACGAGGUACACUCCACGCGGGACGUUGACUGUGUCAUCACCACUGGGGAGCUCGAACUUUUGAUGCGUGAGAAAGGUUGGGACCUCUCAGUUCCCGUCGAGAAUGAGACCACUCCACGGCAUCCCACUUUAUCCGGGUCAGACUCGUGGCAGGAACCUGUUUUGCCCGAGCUCAUCCAACAUCCCGGGACCAGCUCGGGCUCCUAUCUCCACACGCUGAUAUCUGCGAUAACUCGUAUGCUGCCAGAUCCUCUUGAGACUAGCGUAAGGGCGAUCCGGUCGUCUGAUUACGAGGAGUAUGUACUUCGGAACCAGCGAACGGGUGAAGUUGUUUUCAAGGGCGCAAAAUGCUACGGGUUUCGCAACCUACAGAAUGUGGUACGGAAAGUUGGAAAGGAGACUGGGGUGCAAAUUGGGAGGGGUGCCGCUGGUCGUAUUGCUGGGGCUGUGAGGGUGCGGACUCGGAAAAUAGGUGCAGGUGGGGAGACUGAAUUAAAGGGGUACGACUAUGUUGAGGUGAUGGCGUGUCCAGGUGGGUGUGUUGGUGGAGGUGGUCAGCUUCGACCCAUUGCGCAAGCGUCGCAGAGGCAGGUGGAUGAGGAAGGGUACCCUCGGAAUUGGGGGGACAGCGGUGUGCGGGUGGAGGACGGCGGACCCCAGGACACCAUUGCGGGACCGAAGUGGGGCAACAAGGAAUGGACAAAAGAGGUGGAGAAAGCAUAUUGGCACGAUCUACCCACGCCGCCGCCGUCGCCGACAUCAGACUUGCUGCCGGAGGUGGACCAACUCGCCAUUCGGGUUAAGGUGGAACUAUGUCGACCGCAAGACUCUGCCAGUCAGUUUGAUUGGUCAUCUCCGAUGGAUGCAGAGGCUGAGCGUCGUCGGCGAGAACUCCUUCGAACUCGGUAUCGAGCGGUCGAAAGUGAUAUAGUGGGUCUCACCGUGAAGUGGUAAGACCCUUGACGCAACAGAAUGAGCGGAUCAAGGCGAUG